AACAGUCUGCUGUUUGGCUCUCCACCCCUCGUCUGCAAUGCAGCGCCUACUGCUCCUCUGCUUGCUGGCCGCCCCUCCAACCAGCACGGCAGUCCUUGGCCAGGACCUCAACCAGACCAUCGAUGUGAGGAAGUUGGCGGCGGCAGUGCAAUCGCCUGGCUUCCAGAGCCGUGUCGUCGGUGGUGAGGUCACUACGAAUGCAAGGCUGGGUGGCUAUCUAAUCGCACUGCGCUACGAAGAGGCGUUCAUUUGCGGCGGCAGCCUGCUCCAUGAGCUAAUCGUCCUGACGGCGGCGCACUGCUUUCUGGGCCGGGUGAAGAUCAGCAGCUGGUUGGCCGUCGGCAGCGCCUCCAAGCUCAAUGACAGAGGCAUCCAGCGCGAGGUUAAGGAAGUCAUCAAGUCGGCCCAGUUUCGGGAGGACGACAUGAACAUGGAUGUGGCCAUACUACUGCUGAAGAAACCCAUGAGGCACAGAACACUCGGCAAGCUAGUACUCUGCAAAAAACACCUAGUGCCAGGCACGGAGCUCCGGGUUUCCGGCUGGGGUCUAACCAAUCCCAACGAGUUUGGCCCCCAGAAACUACUGCGUACGGUGACAGUGCCCAUCGUGGAUAAGAAAAUAUGUCGUGCUUCCUAUCUGCCGACGGUUCAAUUGACGGACAGCAUGUUUUGCGCCGGAGUGCUGGGCAAAAAAGAUGCAUGCACCUUCGACUCCGGCGGUCCUUUGGUGUACAAGAAUCAAGUGUGUGGCAUCGUGUCCUUUGGAAUAGGAUGUGCCAGUAAGCGGUACUACGGUGUCUACACGGACAUUAUGUAUGUGAAGCCCUUUAUCGAGCAGAGCAUUAAGGUGUUGCUGGCAAAGCGAUGAUUAAAUUUUCAAGAUUAAGGAAUGAGA